GCCCCGGCGAGCCGGGGGAGAGGAAGGCAGGCUCUGAGCGAGACAGUCCAGUACGCUUCCUGCCGGCCGUCGGUCGUUCAUUCGUUCUCCGAGGGGCGUAGCGUUCGCCGGUAGCACGGACUUGUUCUGCUGGGCCUGAGGAAAGAGAGAUGGGCCUGGGCCGGAGAUUCUAGCUGAGGAAACAGUCUCUUUGUUAUGAUGCCAUCCCGUAACAAUGUAACUACUGGGAUCCCCAGUAGUAAAGUGAAGUACUCCAAGCUUUCUAGCACAGAUGAUGGCUACAUUGACCUUCAGUUUAAGAAGAGCCCUCCCAAAAUCCCUUACAAGGCUAUAGCACUCGCCGUAGUGCUAUUUAUGAUUGGCACCUUUCUCAUUGUCAUAGGUGCUCUGCUGUUAGCUGGAUACAUCAGCAAAGGGGGGGCAGACCGAGCCAUUCCUGUCCUGAUAAUUGGGAUUCUGGUAUUCCUGCCAGGAUUCUACCACUUGCGCAUUGCUUACUAUGCUUCCAAAGGCUACAGGGGCUACUCUUACGAUGACAUUCCGGAUUUUGAUGACUAGAAUCUACUUUGGUCCAGAAGAAAACAGUUGCUGUUGGGAAUAAGCUUAGCACCGAAAAACUGAACCCAUGGAAAUUUAAAUACCACUGGGUCAGAGAACUCUAGCACUGCAGUUAUUUUAGCAAGGUCAUUGCUAGGCUGUGUGGGGUCAUCCCAAAGAUGUUAACUGAGCUUGCAAUUAGAGAAAUAAGACAUCUUUUUCUUUACCUCCUGUUCUGAGCUAAGGUUUUUGAAGAGGCAGCUUUGCCAUACACACACAUAUAUUCCAAAGCAGUUAUGGAAAUUCUAUAAUUACAGAAUCACUAAAAAAUAUUUUUUGUAAGAUACAUCCUUUUUAGUCUGAGGUUCAUGACCAGGUCGGCUUCAUGGUGAUGAAUUUUUCUACUGCUGCUGCUUUUAGAGACCAUCUACAGAGUUAGAGAAGUAACUAGAUCUCUCUAUCUAUCUGAAUAUAUGUGUGUGUAUAUGAAUAGGUGAAUAUAUACAUAUGUGUGUAUAUGUAUGUAUAUAUACACACACACAAACUUACACAGUAAUAGGAAUUUGCUGAAGAAGUGGCCAAAUAAUGGUUUGGUUGAAAAGAGACCAAGUCUCCCAACCUUAAGUUGAACACUUUUAUGUUUUAGCCUUUAUUUUUGGAAGUAGUCUGGUGUUAACAACAUGGUUUGUGUCAAAUACAGAAUGCAGCAUGUCUAAUUUUACUUUGUUAAAUAAUUACUUGAGAAACUCCAGAUGACUCAUUUAUCCAAUCAACCUAUUCUACUGUCCCAGUAGAACAUCUCUUGGUAAAACUAAGCAUAAUCAAAUUAGAGAGAAUCCAUGAUGAUUCUAAUUUGCCUUUUGAAGUGACACAAAAAUUAGGAAUUUUGAACAUCUUAGAACAGAUUUUGCAGUUUUUCAUGUUACUGAUAUUUUUGUCAGGCCUUUUCUGUUUCAUAGAUUUGAUGUCUAUUCUAUACCAUGGGGCAUUCUGUCCUCUGAAGAUCAGGAUGUUGCAUGCUUUUAUCUUUCUUUUAAGGGCUGGAUUUUUUUGUUUUUACCAGUUGUCAGGAUUGCUUAUUUCCUAUGAAAGUGAGGUUUGGUUAGUCAUAGUUUAGUUGUUUUUUUAAUUGCUUUAUUAGUAUCUUUUAUUGUUGUUUUCUUACUGUGAAGAAAUAUAGACUCAGUCACUUGAAGUCUAAGCUUGGCUAAUAUAGGCUGAUUAUUUAAUUGUUGCAGGGAAUGAGUACAUUUAAGAGAAAUUAAAAUGUCAAAAUCAGAGCUCUAGAUUUAAUAUUUGUAACAGUUGUGCCUUAUAUUGGACAUUGUAAUAGACUUGAUUGAUUAUCAUGUUGGAUUUAAGUCACAUAUAGAAUAUAUCUUCUUUCCUUUUGACUUUUGGUCAUACCAAGUCAUUUAUUAGACUAAGACCCUGCUGUAUAACCAUACUUUAACUCAUACCCACAAUGAAUCAUAUUUUUACAUUUAACCAUUAAGUAUCUAAGACCUAGUCAGUAACAUCUCAUUGAGUCUAAGUUAAAAGCACUCCAUUAGGUACUAUUCCAAUUUAUAGCAAAAGCAGGUGGCACCAUUUCUGUCCUCAGGGAGCUUACCUAUUAAUGGAAGAAACAAAUGAAAAAUAUGAGCAGACAAGCAAAACCACAGAAGUAUAUUAAAAUGUAUUUUCUUACACAUAGAAA